UUAAACAUGGCGGGGAAUGAGUUUCUUUCAAAAGCUCUAGAAUUAUCUGAAAUAGAGCUACUUUCCUCUACAACAAAACAUAAAUUAGAGCGCCAUGUAGCCGACUUAGACAUAAAACUAACAAAUGCAAAGGCUAGCUAUGAAAGUCUUCGAGUAAAUUCUGAACAACAGUAUAACGAGUUAGAAAGAAAACUAAUAGAAAGUGUUACCCAGUUAGAAACUGAAACUUCAUCCAAGAAAGCCUUACAAAGCAAAGUAGCAGAAUUAGAGAAGAGAUUGUCUGAUGAAGUUGAAAAAAUAUCAACCCUUGAAAACAGCUAUCAAAAGGCUCAUGAAGCAGAGAUUAAGUUUACAAGAUUAUCUGAAAGACUUGAAGCUGAUAAAGCAGAGCUAGUUGAAAGACUUGAAAAGAAAAAUAAGAAGAUUGAAUCUUUAAAUGAUGAAUGGAAAGCUGUUACAGAUAAGGUAGCCAAUGUUGAGAAACAGAAAUGUGAAUUACAGGCAAAAUUAUCGGAGUUGCAGUCUAAAGAUAUCACACGAGAUUUUAAAGAAAAGAAAUUGAUACAAGAGAGAGAUCAGUUAAUGGAAAGAGUAGCUUGGCUAAAUGACCAAGUUACAGAAAAAUCCAAUGCUUAUAUCAAUGAUCGGAAAGAAAAGAGUGUGAAACUACUUGAGCUUAUGUCACAGAUUGAAUCUAAAACAGAAGAGUUCAAUCAUACAAAAGAUGUGGUUGAUGGAUUGAAAAAAAACAAUAGUGAUCAAGCUGCCAAGAUAAAUGAACUUUUACAAAAACUUAAAGAUGCCAGAGAUUCUCAGAUGCAGUCUGAUGAACACUUCCACCAAGAAAUCAAAUCCCAAACGAAACUUCUUGACCUAUAUAAGGAAUCGGCUCUUGAAAAUGAAAAGAAAAUGAAAGAAACGACAAAGGCUUUUGAAGACAUGCAGAAAUUAUUGAAAGAAGCUGCUGAUGCUAGUAGGGAUCAGAAAGAACAGAGCACAGCAGAGAUUGAACAAUGUAUAGAACAACUCAAAGAAAAAGAAGCAAAAAUAGAAGAUCUAGAAGAAGAAUUAAGGAAUGCCAAUGAUCUGAUUGUAAGAAUUAAAGGUGAAGGGAAUAUGAGUUUAUCAGCUUUAGAAACACUUUAUCCUACAGCUGCAGCUACCAGUAAAAUACUUAAAACGGGAAUGACUCUAACUGAGAUUUACAGUGAAUAUGUAAAAGUUACAGAUAGUUUACAGGCAGAAAAAGCAGAGAACAGUCAACUUAAAAUCUAUCUGGAUGAGAUUGGAAAAGAGUUGGAAGAAAAGGCCCCAUUGUUGGUACGACAGCGUGAAGAUUAUGAAGCAGCUUUACAGAGUAACACUAGAAUGGCAGAACAGUUAAACACAGCCAUGGUGGAAAGGGAAGAAUUGUUAAAAGAUCGAGAUCAACAGAAAAGAAAGUCAAACUUCUUGGAACGAGAGACACAGAGAUUACAACAACAGACAGUAGAUUUAGGCCGACAGGUGAAAAGAUUAGUACAAGAAAUAUCAGAGAUGAAAGGUGGACCAAUUGUUAGAGAAACUUCACAGGUUUCAUCUAGUCAAGAUAUUACAGCAAGUGAUGUUGUUUCUGAAAACUUAGUUACAUUUAGAAACUUAGAAGAAUUACAAGAACAGAAUCAAAAAUUAUUGACUUUAGUACGAGAAUUAAGUGAAAAGAAUGAACGAGAAGAACAAGAAGCUGUGAAUAGUAGAACUGAAGAUUUACAACAACAAUUAGAAACAGCUCUAACAGAGUUAAAUCAAUUACAAUCGGCUAGACAAAGACAAGAAGAACUGGUGAAGUCUAUAGUUAGACAGCGUGACAUGUAUAAGGUUAUGUUACAAAAUACAUCAGAUACCACGAUUCCAGUAUCGUCAGAAUUCACAUCUAGGAGUCCAGUUAGAAGUAAGACAACAUCACAAGGUGCCGAUAUAGAAAAACAAUUGAACGAAACUAAGGAGGCAUUAAAAGAACUAAAUGUACAGUUUACUACAUAUAGAAAAGAGAAAAAUGAGAAUGAAAAGAUGCUAAAUGAGCAAAUUGAGGCAGCUAGAAAUAAAGAGUCACAACUACAAAUUGAGAAUGCAAAAUUGUCUUCAAGGCUUGAUUUUUCUGCUGAAAGGAAUAAAGUACAGCAGUCCAAUAUAGAUAGUUAUAAGAUAGAAAUAACAGCAUUAAGUAACAGAUCUCAGAAAUAUUCUUCACAAGUAAUGAAACUGGAACAAACUGUUAAUACACUUAGAGAUGAUUUAAUGGCUGCACAAGAAAAUUUAACCCGCUUUGAAAUACAGAAUCAGAAUUUACGAGCCGAGAAAGAUCUACUAAAGGAUUCAGAACGACAUAUGUUAGAAGAAAUAGACCGAAUAAGAAACGAAAAUGGUUCUCAGAAUCUAGUCAUGUUAAACCUUCAGGCAAUACAGAAUAAUCUUGAAAGAGCUGACUUUGAAAAUAAAUCCCGUUUAGAACAACAGAUAGAAAAUAAAGAUAAAGAAAUUUCCAGUAUUAGACGUAAAUUAGAAAAUAUACAAGAUGAACACCAGUCUACUAUUAGAUAUUGGGAGAAUUUGGUGAAGACACUACAAACUGAAGUUAGUAAAGAAAGAGAAAAUAUGAAGGCAGAAAAAAGUAAAAUGGAGGAUGCUAAUACAUUCAUACAAAGUCUGAAACAAGACUUAUCAGCUACAGAAGCCAAGUUAGCUGCAGCAGAAAUUAAACUGUCUAAUUCUAACUUAGGAGAUUCAGUUGCUGGUGGCAGUAUGUCUAUAACAGCUGUAUCUAUGUCUAUUGAUGAAAUAAAAGAUCUCAAGUCUCAGCUCGCACAAGCCAAUGCCAAGGUUAAAAAUUUGGAGAAAACAUGUGAAGAUUCCAAACGUCAAAUGGAACAAUAUAAACAGAUAGCAAGUAAUGUAGAAGAGAGUAUUAAACAACAAAAUCAAACCAGUGAAGAAUUUCAGCAAGCUCUAGAAAAACGCAUGGAAGAAUCUACUGCAGCCAAAGUAAAUCUGGAGAAGAGAAUUGAAAUGUUGGAAAAAGAAAACCAGGAACUAAAUAAUCAAAAUAUUAAAACUCUGGAAGAAGCUCACAACUUGAAUGCUGAUUUACGUAAACAGUUAUCAAGUUUACAGAAUGAGUUAUUAGAUGCUGUAGAAAGAAGAGAGACAGCUAUUGCGACUGAAACAGCAGCCAAGAUUAAAUGUGAACAACAAGUUCAAGUAGCAGCUGAGGCUCAAGAUAAAUAUGAAAGAGAACUGAUGCUUCAUGCUGCUGAUGUAGAGGCAUUAACCUCUCUUAAAAGACAGUUAGCCGAUAAAAAUGAACCGCUAGCCAAAUCCCAAGAAGAACUGAAAAAGUGUGAACUUGAACUUCUAGAAUCAAAGACAUCGUGGGCGGAACAAGAACGAUUAUUGCGUGAAGAAUGUAAGAUAUUAGAAGAUAGAUGUGCUGAAUUAUCCAAUCAAAAUAAACUUCUACAUGAACAGAUGACCAAGUUAACUAGCCAAGUAUCUACUAUACAACAUAAAUCAAGUGGUUUAGAUUCAGCCAAUACUUCAAUGACAGAAGAAACUGAGAAAUCAUCAGAUCAGUUAUUAGAGGUUAUCAGGUUCCUGAGAAGAGAAAAAGAAAUAGCCGAAAUGAAAAUGGAAGUAUCUGAAAUAGAGUGUAAUAGAUUAAAACAUAGAUCUGAACAUUUAAAGAAACAACUAGAAGAUGCCAAUAAUAUAUUAACUAAAGAAAGAGAAGACUCACAGGUGGCUCUUACCACAGUAUCAGAACAUGCUGAUAUAUUGAAGAAGAUACAAAAUGUUAAUAUAUUAUCAGACAGUAAUAAAAUAUUACGAGAAGAAAGAGAUAGAUUAAAACAAGAUUAUCUUACUCUAGAAGCCAAGGUUAAGAAAAUGGAAGAUAAUAUUAACCCACUUCAAGCUACAAUACGUAAUUUAGAAACACAGAAAGGUUUGUUAGCAGGAGAGAAACAGGCCUUAGAGAGUGAAGUUACUCGCUGGAAAUCACGAACCAAUCAAUUAAUAGAGAAAUGUAACAAGACAGAUCCUGAAGAACAAAAGAAAUUAAUGCUAGAAAAAGAUAGCAUGAAGCGACAAUUAAGUUCGCUAAGUGAAGAAAAUUUCAAACAUAAGGCAGAAAUAUCUAAACUAAACUCCACUAUACAGUCAUUACAAAAUGAACUCAAGAAUGUAAGACAAGAAAAUGUUAAACUGACUCAAGCAAUGACAACAUUGAAAGCUCAACAAGCAACUCAACAGGCAACAGAUAGUGAUGAAAAAGCCAAAACUAUUAACCAGUUGAAGAAGAUAGGAAGAAAAUAUAAAGAACAAGCUGAGAAAAUUGCAAAGGAGUUUGAGGAUUUUAAGUCUAAAGCUGCUAGUCAGACGCCAGCUGCAGGUGAUAAUACAGCAGCCAUUGAACAGGUUAAAACAGAAAUGACAGAGAAAUUAACAACAGUUGAGAAAGAAAAAGCUGAUUUUAAAACUAAAAUUGAUGAACAGAUGCAAGAAAUUAACACCCUGAAAGAACAGAUUAAUGAAUUUAAUAAGGAAAAAAACCAACUCGAAGAGACUUCUAGAAAAUACCAAGAUGAUAUUACAGAAUAUGAGAAAAAACAGACACAGUCUAAAAAUGUAUUAUCAACAGCCAAAUCUAAAAUAACAUCACAGAAAGAACAUAUAGAACGUUUAAAUACAGAAAAUACAGAUUUAAGACAAAAACUAAAUGAAACAGAACGUCAAAAUAAAGAAGAAAAUGAAAUGAGAGUUAAUAUGUUAAAGACACAAUAUGAUGGUAGAAUAUCAAGAUUAGAGAAUGAAUUGACAAACAGUAGAACAUCCAAUACUACAGCUGAUAAUACACAAAUUGAACGGCUUAUGAAAGAAAACUCAGAACUCCAGGCUAAGAUUCUGCAGUUACAAAAACAAGUUGAAAAUAUGUCAAAACAAGUUACACCACAACAACAAGUCACCCGUACUCCAGUUACUAUGGCACCAAGUGUAUCAACAUCAGAUGCUCCUAAAACAGCAAAUAUUAGACCUAUGGCAACAUCCACAGCUCCUGUAAGACCUACAACUCCAAUACAACAUUCUUCAAUGGCUGCUCGUGUUACAGCAAGCAUACGGCCCAUGGCUAUAGCUCCAUCUACGUCUACAGGGGGGAUAACUCCUACUGCUACUGUCAUGCCAACAACAGUGUCGCAACAAGAAACAAAUGAUGAACCAGCUACAUCAUCAACACCUAGUUCUAUACCAGCAGCUAGUGUUACGCCACGUAUAUCAACACAAGUACAAAUAGUAACACCUCAGAUUGAAACACCUUCUGAAGUAAAUGUGGAAACAUCAGUACCUGAACCAACUCCAGUAUCCCCUAUAUUAUCUACUACUGGUCCUAGUACAGAAACUACAUCACCAAUAACACCACAAGCUAGUACUAGUACAGGUACUACACAUGCUGUUACUCCACAACCUAGUGCAUCAUCAUCUUCACAACUUGGUAAACGAGCUAGAGAAGAUACAGAUAGUCAAGAAGAAGGGGAUACAUUUAAUAAGCGAACCAGAACAUCCUCACAGGAACAAGGGAUACCUGCAAUAACAGUAACAGAUGAACAUGCCCAGACUAUAACACAUCUUAGUCCACAAACUGGUAGUACAUCAACUAGUCCAGCUGUAGAGGUUGCUCCAUUAACAUCUUCUACUGAUCAGCUACAAGAUGCUCGGACAGAAGAAUUUUCACCAUCAGUUCUGCAAUCGAAUAUUCAGCAAACAAUGGUUGAACCAAUGAUGUCAUCCCAUCCUAGACGUAGACAAGCUGUAGCACCUAGAAAUCAACAACAAGAAGAUGAUGGUGAUAUUAUAGUACUAGGCAGUGAUGAUGAAGAUCAGGGUUAUCGUGAACAAAUGGAAGAUUAUAGAGAAGGAGGUGAAGAAAUGGGAUUAAAGGAAUAUACAGAAUCCAUGGAGGAGGAUGAUUAUGAUGAUGAAUAUGAUGAGGAUGAUGAUGAGGAUGAUGAAGAUGAUGACGAGGAGGAUGAUGAGGAUGAUGAGGAUGAUGAAGAUUCUAAUGAUGUUGUGAUCGUCGAUAAUGGUGCAGAUGAAACAGAACAACAAGUAGUAUCAAUUCAACAUCCUGUAACUGUGCCAGUAACUGAUUUACCUAGACCACCUGCUAAUUUACAAUCUAUGGGUAGAUCACAAUUAGCUCCUUUUACGUUGGGUCCUGGUGUGUUUGAUGAAGAGGAUGGCUUAGUACCUAGUACACCUACAUUAUCUAUACCUAUACGUAGAGCUGAUGGAUUUGCAGAAGCUAUCAAUUCACCAGCAGGACCACAGAGAUUUGUUUUUGGAGCAGAAGGUUCUGUCAGUCAACCAGUAUUGGCUCAACUAGAAUCACAAAGAGCAUUAGGUAUGGAUGAUACAAGAAUGGAUUUAUCACAGUUUGAUGAAGGUAGAAGUCCUGUACCAGUAUCACAGUUAGUUCCUAGAUCAGGAUCUGCGAGUACUGAUAGUACAUCUGUAGUACCAUCUACAUCAGGUACAGUUCAAUCUACAGAAUCUAAUGUUACAGAAGUAGCAGAUGUUCCUGAUGCAGACAAUGAAUUUGAAGAUGAUGAUGAAGCCUUAUUAGAAGGUUUACAAGGGGAAGAAGAUACAACUGAUGAUGUUAAACCAGAAGAAGAAACCGGUGAAGUAGAAGGUGGUGAAGAUAUAGAAGGAGUACCUAGUACUAGUACAGGUGUAACACACGAUGAUGAUAAAGCUACAGGUGAUAAUACAGGUGCUGGUAGACGAAAAAUACAGAAAAUUGUUUGGAGUGAAGAACAAGCUUCCAAUACACCAACUGCUCCACCUACAGCUCCUGUUGUUCAACAUACACGUGGACGAACAGCUAGAAGAGGACGUGGAGGAUUAUGGAGAGGCCAACAUUUUACUCCAGGGUCACGAGGAGGACCAAGAGGCGGAUAUAGACAAUUUUAAAUAAUGUGCUUGUGGGAACUUUGUAAAUUUCAUAAAAUGAAAGAUUAAGCCCUGUAUUUAAUAUCAUAUUAUAUAAACUGUUUGUACAUACCUGUAAUAUGAAUUAUUUCAGCAGUGCUAAUACAUACUAAUCAUGUCAUGAAUAAAGUUAUUAUCAUGUAA